GGCCCGCGCCGCAGCCGCCGCCGCCGCCGCCGCCGCCCUCGCUGAGCCCCGGCGCGGCCCGCGCCCGCGCCCGGAGGCAGCAUGAGCCAGGCCGAGCUGUCCACCUGUUCGGCGCCGCAGACGCAGCGCAUCUUCCAGGAGGCCGUGCGCAAGGGCAACACGCAGGAGCUGCAGUCGCUGCUGCAGAACAUGACCAACUGCGAGUUCAACGUGAACUCGUUCGGGCCUGAGGGCCAGACGGCGCUGCACCAGUCGGUCAUCGACGGCAACCUGGAGCUCGUGAAGCUGCUGGUCAAGUUCGGCGCCGACAUCCGCCUGGCCAACCGCGACGGCUGGAGCGCGCUGCACAUCGCCGCGUUCGGCGGCCACCAGGACAUCGUGCUCUAUCUCAUCACCAAGGCCAAGUACGCGGGCAGCGGCCGGUGAUGCCCGCCCGGACCCGGGCCUCAGCGUGUCGUCUGCUGUACCUUCCCGCCAACUACCUCGGUGCGCACCGGGCUCCCGGGCCCCGCGGCCACGACGAGCCCGGCGCGCGCGUCCGCGCCCACGGGGGCCGCGCGGCGCCCGCUGCCAGGGGUCGACGCCCCCGCGCGGCCGCCCGGACCCGGGCCGAGGGCUUCCCACGGCCCCCGCCCGCCGCCUCGCGGUGGGGGGGGGGGGAGUGGGGGCGGGGCGCGGGCCGCAGCCCCUUUGAAAUUUGAGUCUCGCCACACCAGCAAGUUCGGAGUCCCGAGACACCGGAUCCUCCGGUCGAAAUGUUUUCUCCCGAAGGUGGAAGAAGGCGGGCGGCGGGGACGCCGGGCUCGGGGCGCUCCGCUGCCCGCAGGACCCGCGGCCGAAGCCCGCAGUCGCGCAGGGGCCGCGGCGGGGCGUUUCCAGCCCGGACGCGCGUCGGUGGAGACGCUCCGCUGUUCUGAGGGUUCUAAACUAUUUAUCAUGUGUGUGUAUAUUUGUGGGUGAAGUUUGUGCGCCUGAAUUUUUUUGUUUGGAAAAUAUUGUGCGUGGUCAAUGUGGUUAUAGGGGGGAAGAUACAUUUUUUUUUUUCCUUAGUCUUAAAACUAAAAACUUGAGGCUGUCAUUUCUUGGUUGCACUGAAAAUACCGCCCAGCCUGAUGGUUUCCCCGUGCGGGUCCCUCUCCCUGCUCCUCACCGCCCCCUCCCCUCCCUCUGCAGACACACGGACACAGCUCUGAGUCUGGGAAGCCCCGGGCCGCCCUCUCCCCUCUCCCGUGGGAGAGGCCACCAUCCCCCGAACCUGCGGGCUUUGCAGAGUUUCCUCGGGAGCAUGGGUGCGCGGGUGUGGCGGUGAUGGGGGGCGGGAGGGGAUCCUACCUUUUCUAGUGAGUUCUAUUAUAGUUAGUCGGUUGCACACUUUUUUAAAAAAGUAAAUGGAUUUGCCACAUUUGAAUGUCAUAACAUUUAUGACAGAAUAUAAAAUAUUAACAUAUUUUAAGCCAAGUUUUAGGUGUAUUUUUUGAACCUUGGUUAUAAACCCAAUUUUAAAGGGCGUUGUAUCCAGCGUUGUGAAGGCAACAGUGUACCCAUAUUUAUAUUUUUAUAAAAUACCUAUAAGACUGUGAA